AUGGAGCUGUGGACGGAGCGUGAAAAGGUGCAGCAAGUGGGACCGGCGAACGACGUAGAAGAUCCUGAAGAAGUCCACGAGGUGACGUUCGACCCGAUGAAGUCUUCUCGAGGAAACGUCGACUACGGAUCGGACUCGAGCAGCGAGAGCUGCAAGGAGUUUCGGAAGCUGCAGAACGACGGGAAGGACUCCUUGCAGAGCGUUGCAUCGAGUGCAUUCUCGAUAGACAGUAUUCUGGGGAGACCCGUGAGGAGGGACGACGAAAAGCACGCAGAAAGAGGGACCGAGAGGGAAGAAGAGACCGAGGAGAGGGACUCCAGGGAUGGCAGGAUGCAUUUCGUCAGACCCACUGCCAUCCCGGCGCAUCCUGGCGCCAGCAGCGGCUUGUAUGCAGCCGCUGAAUUUCCCUAUCCCGAAGGAGUCCUGCCAGAUCCUGCAGGAUACUCUGCAGCAUCCUUGGCAUCAGCGUCGCUUCUUUACAGCAGUUGGUUCGCGCAGUCGAAAUCUGGUCAACUUUUUGGUCUCCAAGCACCAAAGCCGAGCGGAAGGAGGUCGAGGAAGCCAGGAAUCGACCGGAAACCACGUCAAGCUUACAGUGCAAAACAGCUGGAACGAUUGGAGGCGGAAUUCAAGGUGGACAAGUACCUCAGCGUCAGCAAGAGGAUGGAGCUCUCGAAGUCGCUGAAUCUGACGGAAGUGCAGAUCAAGACGUGGUUCCAGAAUCGCAGGACCAAGUGGAAGAAACAGCUGACUUCUCGUCUGAAGAUCGCCCAGAGACAGGGUCUCUUUUCACCGUCGUAUUUUCCACCCACGCAGUACCCUCUGUUACCCUAUUAUGCGACGCCCCUCGUGUUCGGCGCCCCGACGUCAGAUGACACUGCUCAGGGCGUCGCGACGCUCUCCCCGAGGACUACGGUAUCAUCGCCCGAUAACGUCUGA